AUGGCGACUCUUUCAGUUUUCCUUGAUGUUCCAUUAGCCAAAGCAGCAGACGUUCCCUUGGAUGCGUACAGAGCAGAUCCUUCACCCCAAAAGGUGUGCCUUGGCCAUGCAGGCUGCCAUACAGAUCUGGAUGAAGUUUGGAUCCCACCAGUGGUAAAACGAAUCCUGCUUCAAAUUCCUGAGGACCCAACAUUGAACCACGAAUACCUCCCACAGCUCGGAAUUUUGGGGUUCACCCGAGCAGCCAUGGAGCUAGCUAUUGGCAAGGACAGCCACGCUCUCCUAGACAACCGGGCAUGUGGUGUUCAGACAAAUGGUGGAACCGGCGCCUUGUGGAUUGGAGCUGAAUUUCUGCACCAUUGGUACAAGCCCAGCUACUGCACAGCUCCAGCAACUGUUUUGAUCGCCACACCCCAAUUAGACAAUCUUGGGUGCAUAUUCCAAGUUGCUGGCUUUUCAGACAUCCGUUCUUACCACUAUUGGAAUCCCAUCACAUUGACUGUCGACACAGAAGGGUUCCUGGAGGAACUGCAGGACGCACCAGAAGGCUCCAUCGUGUUCCUGCAUGCUCCUGAGGAAACUGGCUUGACACACAAGCAGUGGGAAGAAGUUGCAGCAGUGAUGGAGAAAAAGCACCUCUUCCCCUUUUUCGACAUCGUAGCUCAAGGACUGGCUUCAGGAAACUUGGACAGGGAUGCCUGGGCAGUGCGGCACUUUGUAGCAAAGGGUUUUGAGCUCCUGUGUGCCCAGUCUUUUUCCAAAAUGUUUGGCCUAUACGAUGAGCGGGUGGGAAAUCUCAUUGUGGUGACGAAAAACAACCAGACACUGAUCAGAAUCCAAUCCCAGCUGUCCAAGCAAAUAUGCAUGACGUGGUUUAGCCCCACCAGCUUGGGGGCAAGGGUCAUUGCAAUGGUGCUGACCAGCCCUGCACUGCUGUACGAGUGGAAACAGAGUCUGCUGAAACUAGUAAAAAGAAUCAUGCUGAUUAGAGAAAAACUGAAGGAAAAGCUGCGUAUCCUGGGGACACCGGGUUCCUGGGAACAUAUUACAGCCCAAUCAGGAGUCAAUAGCUUUGUCGGGCUCCUCCCUUCCCAAGUGGAGUUCCUAGCGGAGCACAAACAUAUCUACCUCCUUGCAAACAAGCAGAUCAACAUUUGUAGCAUUAACUCAAAGAACCUGGACUAUGUCGCAGAGAGCAUCCAUGAAGCAAUUGUGACCACGAUCCCUCAAGUCCAAAGUGAGCACAUGGAGAAGUCGAGUGAGAGCCCUGAAAGAGAGUCCACCUGA